UUCUAAACAUGCAGAAACGACGUGUGAACGACCUCGUGAAUUUGAUUGUCUAUUUACAACUUCUAUAUUCACCAUACACAUCUAUGGGGUCUCCAGUGACGACAGUAGUGUUCCCUCGAAUCCUAAACGAAAGAAGCGACAGUGGAGAACUGCUUGUGGCCAUUCGUUCUGGCCAUACUUUGGCUCUGAGGAAAGCGUCCGUGUUCCGUGAAAGACUGGAAGUCGCAACGUUGGAAGAAGAUAGGACAACAUUUCACUAUAUGAACGGUUCAGGAAUGGAACGGAACCUCUACCAUGACCCGCAAACAGGUGCAGCUGUCAUGCUUACGCGUGGCCGGGGACUUCGACUUGUCGGGAUCUUGAGUCCUACCGAGCGAAUACAGCCAUCGCCUGCCGCAAAGUAUAACGCAACAGGUAGCAUUCAACAUGACAUUCAGCGACUAGAACAGAGGACGUCUGACGUGGACAUUUCAUCGGACGUCCUUCUAAAAGAUAGCAAUCAAUAUGCGAAGUCCUUGUCCUCUGUGCCUCCUAACAAGACUGAAACCCAAGUACCCGAGGCAAGAUCUGGAUCGUCAUAUUACCCCCUGAAAGCCACCUGCGAGACCCGUAUAGCUGUGGACUCCAAAUAUUUUCAAUCAUUUGGGCGCGACAAGCGGAAGCUUGUGAAGUACUUGGCCGUCCUGGUAGCAUUUACGAAUUUGAAGUUCCGCACAUUUCACGACUAUAUAUUACAAUUCCAGCUUCUUAUAACGGGAAUUGUGAUUUUUACGUCAAAGAAAGAGCCAUUCAUAAAGAAAGCUAAUGGUGAUCAGUCGGUCAUGCUUAGCAACACGCUGGCAGAUCUGAAUACAUACGUAGAAAAAGACCAAAUCUUUCGUAACGACGACGCCGUCAUUCUUCUCACAGGGCUUGACUUGGCCACGAAUUACGGCGCUGGAGUUGCUCCCCGCCGAAGUAUAGUAGGGCUAGCGAGACUCGCAGCUGCUUGCGGUGAAGGAAAGGCUGCGAUUGUGGAGGACAUGCCGCGGACGUUCAGCAGCGCUCCCACUAUGGCCCACGAGAUUGGACAUCUGGUAGGUUCAGCACACGAUGGCUCCACGAAUGAUAAGCUUAGGUAUGACGGGACGGGUUGUCCGGCGAGCGAGAAAAAAAUCAUGACGCCGGUAUCGGGCACGUACUCGGUGCAGGCGUUCUCCUACUGCAGCACAUACCAAGUAGCAGAGUUCAUCAUGUAA